AUGGUUAAUCGUGUACUCAAUAUAUGUUCAACAUAUAAUCUUUUAGAAGAUGAAUUAAAUAAAAUAAGAAGAAUUGCCUUAAAAAAUGAUUAUCCAUUAUCUUUUAUUGAUAUUAUUAUUGGCAUUAAAUUAAGUCAACAUCGAAAUAAAAUUAAUGGAAAAUUAAAUGAACCGAUAAUAGGACAUGAUAAAAAGAAAAUGUAUGUCGAGCUACCAUUUAUUAGAUCUUCAACUUUAGAAUUGAAGAAGAAAAUAAUGCACCUAUCUAAUAAAUUACGACCUGAUCUCGACAUCCAAUUCUUCACCAAACCACCACCAUCAACACAAGCAUUUUUCCAAACCAAAGAUCCAAUUGUUAAGCAUAUGCAGUCUGAUGUUGUCUAUUAUAUUAAAUGCAUUGACUGUGAACAUUCGUAUAUUGGCAAGACGGAACGUCAAUGUUUACGAAGAUUAUAUGAACAUGGUGCACCUAAAACAACUUUCUCACAAUGCAACCAUUUAAAUGAUGAUCUUAAUGAUAAUAACAACAUCACAGAAUUAAGAAGAUCAUCACGAAUAAAAAAUAAAAUAGCAAGAGCUACAACAUCAGCUAUAACAACAAUAACAGACGACGAUAAGAGCGAUAAUAGGAUUGCCAAGUCAUCAAUUACUCAACAUGAAAAAAAAACAGGUCAUCAUAUGGACUGGAGUAAUUUUCAGGUAAUAUGGCAAGACAAUCAUUAUUAUCGUUUGUUAAUCAAGGAAUCAUUAUUGAUCAAGGCUUAUGAACCAGAACUCAACAAAACCACACAUUCGGUACCAUUACUUGUUUUUCCUGAUGGUCUACCAAGAGUUCUGUUACCUAAUCCUGAUCACUAA